UAUUAGCAAGAUAACGUCGAACUAGAAAGAAAAAUUAUUGUAUAUAUUGUCUUGCAAACUGACCGCAUUAGACAGUCGGCUGUAUAUUGGCAACCAAUAGCAAUGGACAAUUGGCGACCCCUAGAAGAGGAUCAUCAGAAAAUAAUAACACUCUAUGAGGAGUCUGAUGAGGAACAAGUAAGUAAGAAGCGUAGCCUGCAGAGCCUUCACAGAGAUAUUGUCAGCAAAUUGUAUGGCUCUUCACCUGAUAAAUGUUCAUAUUAUCUCAAGGCCCAAAGUUCCGAUGCUCGAGGGUACUUUGAGCCUUCGGGUGACAAACUAAAGCCCCCUGCUGUAUACAUUUUCAACCACGAGAAUUUUCCCACUGAGACCAGAAAAGGUAGCUCAAAGGAUGUUGAUGCCUUGAGAAAAACCUUUGAGAAGAUGAAGUGCACAAUUGAGGUAGUCCCCAACCCUACAUUUUCUAUGGUUAAGGAUACAGUCACAAAAUUAACUCGGAAAUGUUUCUACCAUUUGUCGGCUUUGGUCAUAGUUAUAUUGAGCCAUGGCAACCGCAAAGAAAAGAUCCUUGCGUGCGACGAUAAAGAGUACGACUUGGACGAUGAUAUUCUAUUUCCUCUCUACGAAAAUGAAACCCUAGCAGAUAAACCUAAGAUCCUAAUAGUCCAGGCCUGCAAAGGGAAUUGUAAGGCAGAUUGUAAUACCAAAAGAAAUCCCUCAUCCUAUAUCAAGUGCUACAGCACCACCGAAGGUUUCGAGAGCUAUCGCAAUGAGACAAAUGGAUCGAUUUUCAUCCAAACUCUGUGCAAUGUGAUGGAUCAAGAUGGCCUUACCAAGGACUUCCUCUCAAUCAUUGAGGAUGUAAACGUGAAGGUUGAGGUCCAAUCUGAUUUAAUUGGAUGGAAGCAAAUACCAUCAGUAAACAAAAAUCUUUCAAGAGGAUUCUGCUUUGGAGACUUUGUGCAAAAUGCAACAUAACAGAUGACCAAACUCAAAUAAGAACAAUAUUGGUACUAAACCUAUUAACUGUAUAGCAUUAAAUAACAAAUAACAAAAACGAACUCAAAAAGUAUGAAUCAUAACUAAAAGUAUAUUGGUGAAAUUUAUUGCAAUUAAUCUAAGCACUUUUACAAAAUUAAGAUAUAGGACCAGGUUAGAAUAAAUCAAUUCAAUUUAGAAGCUAUACCAGUGUAACCAAGUGUAACCAGUGUCCAAGCCUGCAAGGGUUCAUGGGAAGCAUCAUUUGAACUGUGUGCG